UACCCGGCGAUUGCAGCAGCGAGCGGCGGCGCCCUGCGUGUGCGGCUCGGCGGCAGGGACUGAGCUCUGCAGCUCCCCUCCCGGGAAGCGGGAGCUGGAGGAAGGACCCAGGCAGACGCCUCUCAUAGAAAUAUCUGUAUUUUUCCAGCCUGGGCUGCCCCUUACCGGGCGGGGGGCUCCCUCCAGCGCUCCCGAAAGCCAGACAGAGGGCGAGCGCUGUGUUUUGUUUCUUUGCAAGGAGACCUCCUCAGGCACCCCGAGCGACGUUGCUCCCCGGCCUUUUGCAAUAUAGAGGGGAAGCAGGCCAUGGUGAACCCCGGCGGCAGCUCGCAGCCGCCCCCGGUGACGGCGGGCUCCCUCUCGUGGAAGAGGUGCGCCGGCUGCGGGGGGAAGAUCGCCGACCGCUUCCUGCUCUACGCCAUGGACAGCUACUGGCACAGCCGCUGCCUCAAGUGCUCCUGCUGCCAGGCCCAGCUGGGGGACAUCGGCACCUCCUGCUACACCAAGAGCGGCAUGAUCCUCUGCAGAAACGACUACAUCAGGUUAUUUGGAAACAGUGGUGCUUGCAGUGCCUGUGGACAGUCCAUUCCUGCUAGCGAGCUGGUCAUGAGGGCGCAGGGCAACGUCUAUCAUCUUAAGUGUUUUACAUGCUCUACCUGCCGGAAUCGCCUGGUCCCUGGAGAUCGGUUUCACUACAUCAAUGGCAGUUUAUUUUGUGAACAUGAUAGACCUACAGCUCUCAUCAAUGGCCAUUUGAAUUCACUUCAGAGUAAUCCACUACUGCCAGACCAGAAGGUCUGCUAAAAGGUCAGAGUAAUGCAGAAUGCGUGCCUUCAUCUCAAAUUUUGUUCAUCACAGAUGGAUCCCAUGUCUCCAAGUAGACAAGUCACCUUUGUAGCUAGCAUCAAUGCCAGCUCCAUACCAUUGCACCUUCUUUAUUCUUGAUUGCCCUUCCCACAUUUAUUGGUGUAUUAAAAUGACUGAAUAUGAACAUUAAGGACUCCAUGAACCUGGGCUAAUGGGAGACUGUAGAGAAAUGAAAAAAGAUCCACCGGAGGACAUC